AUGUUUGAUCCCGAGAAGGAAGGAAGGCCUCCAGGCCAGACUACAGGGCGAAGCUUGACUGGGUCUAAUCAGAUCCCCAGCCUAGGGAGAAAAGGUGCUCCAAAAAAGUCUCUUGGGGCAAAGGCGGCUUCCUUCACACAAGGGCAGCAGCCCCGGACUGACUCCCAGAUGGGCUUGCCCGGAAAAGGGCCCAGCAAUCGCGGCUGCUGUCAGGAGAGCGGGAGAGUUAACUCUCCGGCAGCCUCUCCGGCUUCGCCGGCAUUGACAAGAUCGGGCAAGCCAGCCUUCCACUUGGGUGCGCUUGCAGACGGCAGCCCACCCAGCCCGGCUACUUCCAAUAAAAGCGGGCGCGGGGCGCGGGGGGGGGGGAGAGACCCUGACAAGGUCGUUCAGCAACUAGGCCGCUUCUUUCAGUUUCGCCUCUUGAUUGCUGUUUAUUACUCAGUAUUUACUUCUCGGCUGCUCCCCGCCCCCCUCCCCUCUUUUUGUUUUGAUGACACACGUGCGAGGAGGGGGAGGAGGGGUGGAGGUCAACCACAGGUGGAUCUGCCCCAAGGCUUCUCCCGUGCCCCCCCCCCACCCGCCAGGGCGCAGCAGCGGGAAAAAAAAUUAACAACAACAAGAAAUCCCUCUUGUGCCCGGGCCGUUGGGGCCCUCCGGGGAGGAGGCGGCGGCCCUGGAACGGAGCUGAGCAAACCUUGGAGACGCAAGGCCGGAGAAGGGAAAGCGGGAAACGGGGGUGUCUUCCAGCCCUGCUCCAACCGUCGCUCUUUAGCGCGGAAACGGCGAGUUUGGCGAGCAACCUCCCAGCGCGGGGUUGCCGCUGAAUGCUCGCGCCUUUUGCGCCGGCGGCUCCUGGGGGCACAGCAGACCUGCCUCCCUUCCCCACCGGCUGGCCUCGCGUGGCCCCCGAGGGAAAAGCCAGGGUCGCCCGGUGCCCAGCGCUCGCCUUGGCUCGUAGCCAGCGCCUCGGCGCGACCAUCGAGGAGGCUCUCUGGUCGCCAGGCCAGGACCGGCUCCAGCGGGCCCCGGCGGGGAAAGCGGAGGCCGCCGCAGCGGGGAGCGGUGCUGUGCCCAGGGUCGCUUCCCCCGCCGAGGCUGAUCUGGUUAAGAGUUGCCGGCUCGUUGGCAGGAGGUAAUUAGCCAGAUGAGAAAGGCUACUGCCGACCGCUGAUUCCCUGACCGCGAGCGGCAAGGUUGAAAUCAUUUUGCCCGUGCGUGUUUCUUGCUUCGUUUGGUUUUGUGAACCGGGCUUUCUGAGCGAGUCCCGAUUGUCGCAGGAGAGCUCUUCGGCGCACGAAGGAAAGGCAAAAGGUACGUUCCCGGGAAUGGACUUUCCACGCCUGCCACCCGGUCUGAGACCCCGGGUCAGCGCCUUUGCAAUCCAAGGCUCCCAGUAGACGCGAGAGCAAAUCGGAAUGUAAAACAGAUGUUGGCCGAAACCAGCUUCGGAAUGUAUACCGGUACAUCUAGAUAAAGGGCAAAAAUAUGUAGAUUUCCCAGCUUUUCUUUGAUGCUUGAAUACGUUUUACUCGAGAACUAAAACGCGGGAAAGGGCUAGAAAAGCGUGCACACCUGAAAUGUUCGCGCCUAGAACGUCCCCUAGCAAUGGAGGUGGGGAGCACGGUGCCACUUCAGAGAGUGGAUUUAUGGCAGUGGUCUUAAAAAUAUCGCUGUGGUUUGCAUUGGGCGAUCUGACAGCAGUGUGCACUACAACCCUAGAACUGAGAAGUGACUUUGGAGGGAGUCUACAUCAACUUCUUCCCGGUGCAGGUUUUGUGUUACUUUAAAAAAAAAAAGAGGAUUAAGAUUAUGCUAUAUACAUUCUGACCUGCUAAUGAUGGUCCACUUUCCAGAAUCGUUGAAAGUCAGUUGGCAUACAAGUUUAAAUAAUAAUAUUUAUUUAAUUAUAUUUAAUAACAACAAUAAUUCUUUCUCCUUAUGUAACAAAAGUGGGAGGAACACCCUCUUCCCCACACCUAUAUGUUGAGAAUGAAUUAAAAGAAUGGGUUGGGCCAUCGUUUUGGAGAAAAAAAAAAUAAAAGUAUUUUUUCUCAUCAAUUUCUACCAUUGUAAGGGAGGAGGAUUCAUAAUCCUUUCAGAAGGAUUAUGAAUCCUAUUUAGUUUGCAAUCUUUUAAAGUUAAAAUUCUUACAUGGGAGCAAACAGUACUGAGACUGUGAUCUUUGUCUAUAUAAACAAGCAAUGGGCUGAAUUGUACAUUCAGACAGAAGUUCAAUCUAUGUAAAGCAGCGGAUUUGAUUUGCUCUAAAAUCCUGCCUGAAUUUUGCAGUUUGUCAAACCCCACAUUUUCUGUUAAUUGAAAAGGAGGGGGGGAAAGUGUUUUGUAAAUAAAAGCUAUUUUUGUAAACGAAUUUAGAAAAAAUAAGUCUACUGGAAGUCAACAGUGCCAUCCCUGAAUAAAAAUAAUUUUCGAUAAGGAAUUAAAGGAUAAGGAAUUUUCGAUAAGGAAUUAAAAGGAGAACUACUCAUCAAAUGGGUAAAGCCUAGUUAAAUAGUGUUGUUUGGAAACUGACAAUAGUGUUGUUUAUUGAUUAGAAUCUAGUGUGGUCAGAAUUUGGUGUGGUGUACCAUUUAAUUAUAUUUUCUAAAACAUAUGUUACUGAUGGAAAAUAGUUUUUCUGUGGGGGAAAAAAACUAUUUUUGGAUUUCACAUGAGAACCUGAUAGCAUCUCUAGCCCACUCCCAGUAUGCACCACCCAGUCUCCAAUUCACACAUUUCCUCAACUGUAAAAAACUCAAAAGUAUUUUCCACUUACUUCUUAGACCAUUUUACUGUAAUUUUGUCUCUUCAAAUUUGAAUCUUCGGGUUUAAUAUAAUCUAUCCCCAAAUAAGAACGUUGCUAAGAAGAUCACAUCUGACUGAACUCGGGCAUCGUUCAAACUGCCAAGGUAAUUUUUAUUCACAACAAUAACUGCACCCGAGAGGUAUUCACACACAGGCAAGUGGUGUCUAAAAUGGGGAUGGAGAACAGUGCCAAGGAUAGAAAAUCUAGUGUGUGUGAAAGGAAAAAAAAGAAGCCAGAAAGUUUUAGGCUUUCUUCUCCUCCUUCCUCAACAUUAAGCCCUAAGGAUUUAAUUUUAUAAUCGGCUGAUGAGGAAAUAUCAAAAGAUUCCUUGAUUUUUCUUGAAGGGGUAAAUUUAAAAAUUUUGAGUGCAGGUGCUAUUCCCGAACACUUUUUCUGUGGCUUUUCUUUCUCUCUCCCUCCUUCUCUCCCUUUAGUUUUUACAUUCAACUGCUCAGAGAGUGAGGGCGCAGUUCCAUGUUUCAGAGACCCCCAGUGAUUCUUCCAUAAAGCACUUUGAAAACGUUUCAAAUUGGACAAACGUUUGGGGAAUCCAGGGGGCAGGGGGAAUUUUAAAGGUGUGAGAAGCUGACACCUUCCUGUUUGGCUUUCUAGUGAAAUCAAGCAAGAGAAAGGCAGCCUGGCCCCAGGGAGAGCUUGAACGAUCUCCACUCAAAUGCCUAUGGUCACAAUCCAAUCGGUUCUUCUUUGGCUUAGAGGCCUAUCUGAUGGGACAGCCUCCCCCCCACUUCACACACCCCCCCCCCGCGCAACACGACCUUACAGGGGCUUACUCUGAAUGGCCGUUUAGCCCUCAAAUGGGACCAGGAGCCUAAUGAGGCUAGGCCACGGGUAGGCAACCUUGGCUCUUUUUAUGACUCGUAGACUUCAACUCCCAGAAUUCCUGAGCCAGCCAUAAAAGAACCAAGGUUGCCGACCCCUAGGCUAGGCCGAGUGCCCUUUCUUUCCACGAGGAGAGGUCCCUGCUUCGCUUCUGGGCCAGGUUUAGGGGGUGCUGGAGACCGACGAUUUCUUCCCUGUCCUAACAGCAAGUCAGAAAAAGGACCGGCGCUCGCUCAGAAGCGAGUUUGCCGGAGACCAGACCAGGCCAGGCCAGGAUGGCUCCCAUCUGCGGCCUAUCAGGGAGCGCGAGAGAGACAGGGUUUUCUGGCCAUUAAUCUCAUUUAAUGAACCGAUAGCUGAAAGUCUCCUGAGGGAGAAGGAACGGUGAAACUUAGGAGGGGGAAAGGGCGCGCCCGGAGACGUGCUUCUGCAGCAACCCCCGUGGCAGGGCCGGAGCGAUCGGCCUUGACUCACUUAAGUCAGAUUCAUAAGUGGCGCAGACGCAGGAGCCCAGCAAGGAGGACUGGGAAGGGGGGGACGGGUAGGCAGGAAGAGGGAAAGGCCGCAAGCAGAUAAAAAGCAGAAUCUAAGUUUAACCGCAUUCAAAGACCGCAGAACCAGAUACUGCCAAAGGGAGAAAUGCGGGAGGUGGGGAAAGAGAAAUGGCGAAGAAGCUUUAACAUCCGGGACGCGCGGGUGUCCCUGCCGAAAGGGGAUCUAUUUCCCAAGAAGUGGAUUUAGGGAGCCACACAGUCUCCUGGCUCGCAAGACUGGCGACAAAGGGGAAGUGGGGGCGCUCUUCGCCUCUCCCCAGCCACAUUUCAACGUAUUCCAUAAGUCUCCCCCAAACCUCCUGGCUCUUCCUCCAGAACAAACUUCUGAAGAGGAGUGGGGGAACCCAGGCACGUACACGGGUUUGCGCGUCGUGGAAAAGAAAUGCCAAGAAUGGGUCUACUUCGACCGAAACCGGUUAUUCUCGUCGGUUCCUUCUCGUCGUCUGCGCAGGGAGGUGGCCUCCGCAGCCGCUAGGGAGUCGAAGGGCGCGCAAAGACACCCGGUUGGCAAAUCUCUCGGCGUCACCCGAGAAAAAUGCCCCAAGAAUUCCAGCGAGGAUCCCGAGAGGAAGAUUGGCCCUCGCGGCCCCUUGCAGAAGAGAAAGCCAGAGGAGAGGAAGGGAAUUGGGCGCCUAAUGGCCAAGAACCUCCCAGCCUUCUCCCGGGGGGGGGGUCCUGGGAAGCGCCCCUCCUCCCCCCACGUUCAGGGCAGGCAGUCCUUCUCCCCGGCAAAGGUGCAAAACGCAGCCAGACAUUAAUUGCGAGCUUCGAAAAGCGAAAGCAGCUUAUUAGACGUGCUGAGAAGAGCAGCAGCCAACUCGAGUUACCGCUUUCCUAUUAAAGAGGGUUUUUAUUGGCGAAAAUGUUUUGUUAUUUUCCUCGCCCCCCUCCCGUUCUCUCCCCCUUCGCGAUUGCACUUAGCCCCAACUAGAAGGGAGAGAAGGCAAAAGAACAUCGGCCAGCCUAGAAGGUGGCCCUGUCCUGUCUGAAGGCCUGGGCCGCUUCCUUGGCCUGGGGCAGGGGUAGGCAAUUUAUGACUCAUGGACUUCAACUCCCAGAAUUCCUUAGCCAGCACAGGGAGUUGAAGUCCAUGGGUCAUAAAAGAGCCAAGGUUGCCUACCCCUGGCCUGGGGAAUUGAAGCCAAACGACGCUCUGAACCAGAUCGCCGACAAGCCCGGCUGCUGGGAAUAGCAGACUCCUUCGCGUCGUGUGAACCCAAACAGCUGGUUUUAGUGUAUGCUAAGGUUAUAGUUUGAAUCCAGAUUUAAUAACCAGAUGAAGAAUGUUGGGGGAGCGUUUAGAAGUCUAAAAAAAAAAAAAUUGCUGCAUUAGCUGCGUGCCACCAAAGUCAUUUCAGAGCAAUUCUUUGGAAGGAUGAGCCAAUUCCAGAAUGUAGGUCCGCUGCCCACUAGUUUGGCCACUUGUAGGAUGCCCGAAGCUUGCUUCAGGGGGCCCCUUUGGACGUAUGUCAUCAGACUCUCGCCCUAGUGGCUGCGACGAGACUCACUUCCUAGUUGUAAGUCGGAAAGCUGAUGCCACUUCUUUGUCCCAAAUGUUCCCAGACGCCUCCCCGCUUCUUUCAAAGCAGGCCUUCCGCCCCCGCUUGGCCCAAGAUUUUCGUUUGUGUUUUCUUGGGUUCUUUUUUUUUCUUUUUCCAAGACCCAAUAGCUGUUUGCUAGCAGAUUGAGUUAGUGGCUACUAACACGGAAAACCGGCUCAGGAAAGGAGAAGGCCCGGAGGCGGCCCCCGAACAUCCUUUCAAGCCCAAUUGCCGGGACCCCGGACUUCCAGGGAAGCUGAAGACCUCUCCAAGCAAAUGCGCGCUUCUUCCUGCUCCCGGUCUUCCUUGGCGCCCUCUCUGUCCCUCUUUCUCUCUCUCUCUCCCUCUCCCUCUGCCCCAAGUCGGCCGCUCUCCUGCGAAAACUUGCUUGUCUGCCGACGGGAGGCUUUUUUUUCCUUGGGUUCUUGCGCCUGCAGAGUUAAGUGGCCAAGGGAGGCCUUUGCAGCCGUUGUGUGGGAGGAGAGAGAGAGAGAGAGAGAGCAAGAAACGCAGGCGAACUAAUGUUUUUUUGUCUUCCUUUCUUUGACUGCCAAGCGUCUUUCUUUGGGAAUGGAGGAUUUCUUCCCUUUCUCGAUCCACCGCCCCCCCCCCCCUUUAACAAACAGAUUUGUUUCAACUUGGGUGGGCAGAAAGGAGAACCGCUUGUGAGGCCCAGAGCAACCUUUACCUGCUGGAGCCUUUCACCUUUGGCUCCGCGGGAGGCAGAUGGGGCGGGCCAAGAGCCGCGCUUGAUGUGCGGCCCCUGCCCCCGAAGAAAGCCCGCCGCCCUCAUUGCUCUCAACUGCUUUUUUAAAUUGGCAGAAUUUCUGCCUUUCCCGGUUUCCACCUCCUGCCAGGAAAACCCACUCCUUUGCAGCGAUUCAGUCUCCGCGGGGCAGCGAAGUUGCGCCUGCGCUGAAGGUCCUAAGCUCUCCAGUCCUGACCUUUAGAGAUGUCUACGACUGCGUUAAAAGUGACCCCCUGCUCUGUCUGCGGGACCGGCUUUCGUUUUGUCUUUCCGACCGACCGGGAGAAAGGAGGCGACCGGCAAGGUUGAUCUCAUGCUUCCGAAAAUCCAUCCGUCUCACCCGUCCGUCCCGGGGGCCUCCAGACUCCUUCCUAAUCACCUAUUAGUUUCAGUUUAGGGGUGAGGGCGAGCGGGCAGGUGUCGAAUAUCACCCUUUAAAAUGAUGCGGAAUCUUGUAGGGCAGCUGUGCCCCCCCCCUCUUCUGCCCGGGCGCGUCAUCUAGAUGUGGGAAACUCAUUCGCCCCUAGGCUUGCUGCGAUUGAUGGAAACUGUAGUCCAAGGCGUCAGGAAAGGAUGCCCGUCGAGGAAUAGGUGCUUCAGGGUUGUCUUCUACAGGAAGCGUCUCCUUGGGGUUUUUUGUUUUUCAUUCGCCCCCGCCGCCUUCUGUUACAUUUAUUGAAAGCCCGGGAGGGGUGGGGUGGGGGUUCCAACCCCGAAAGCAAGAGAUCUAACCAGGCCAGCGAAGAGAGGCGCUUGGAGGAGAAGAAGGAAGGCCAGGCGAUUGGAGAAUCCUGUUGCCAGACAAGGCCUCAGUUCAGAUGGGCGGGAUGGAAGGCCAUUUGGGCAUUUUGUGGGACUUCUGGAUUGUGCAAGGCAGCCUUCCUCAUCCUCCGCCUUUGGAAGAGCGGCCCACAAAAGCACCCGGGGAACAAACUGUUCCUCCGGCGGGCGGGCGGAGCACCCCACCCUGCGGGAAAGAGACCAGCUAAUCCCAGCCAGAGCCUCUCCCUUCCCCUCCAACGUUCAUUUCGGGGGUUUGCCCUGUCUGGCGGGGUGCGUAUCGUUUUGGCACCGGCGGCGGCCGAGUAAACCGAAGAUGGAGCCCGUCCCAGCUAUGAACCUCCAUCUGGCAGCUUCCUGGUCCCGCGGGCGGUGCAAGAGCCUCCGGCACAUCCCGUGGGGGGGGGGGAGGGUUGGGCACAUCAGACCCGUUAAGACUUUCCUAUCGGGGCUGGGAAGGAGCCGGGGACAGCCGAGGGCAUCUCGGCCAGCGGCCGGGAUGAAGUCCCGGUUUGGAUGGGAUGAAGGGCGGCUCUUUCUUGUCCUCCACUAAGCUCCGCUUAGAGACAGGGCGCCUCCGCGCCGUUUGGUCGAAGCAAAACCCCACGAUGUAUCUGGAGAGCGGGUGGGGUGGGGUGGGGAGGGGGAAGGAAUAGGCAUAACCAGAGCGCUGCAGAGGCCAGUUGCAAUGAAGACCUGGCUUGACAUUUGCACUUGGAAUAGAAAAAUAUAAGGCGAUGGAACCGCGUUUUAUGGCAAGCCCUCCUGCCCCCCAAGACGGGCUAGCGCUGCCUGAAGGCGAGGCCCCUUUUUCUGCGCCUGGUUUUCUUAAGAGUUAAGGCGCCGUCGCAGUUAAGCUUCACCUCUCUCGUCAGGCGCAGCAGUUUUACUGGCCGGUCCGACCGCGGCUGGUUUCUUCGCUUCUCCGGCAGCCCCAUCUCGCCCAGACUAGGCAACCGGCGCAGGCGGCGUUGACGGCCGGGAUUUCAGCCCCGAAUCUCCGAGGCGCCGCAUCUAGGGCUGCCCCGCGGGUGGUGGCUCCCCCCGCAAACAGAACAGUCCCUUCCUUCUCAGUUUGCUUUAUAUCGGGAGCGAAAUUCGCUUCCUGCGGUCCCCGUUACACGGAGAGGCGGGGUGGCGACUAGGGCGGCUUGCCGUGCAACGCAUCUAGAUGCCCUGCGCAGCUUAGGCAGAGAGAGAGAGAGGGGGGGAAUAGAGGGGGCCUCGCGGACCGUCGGUGCUUCCCCCCCAAAACCCUUCGGCCAGGUCGGCGAUCAGGAAGCGGGGAGGGGAGAGGGCUGGCCAAGCGGCAAAGGUGGCUUUUCCGCCGGCCUCCUGCCAGCUGACCCGGUUGGGAACUGCAGGCUUUGAGGUGCCCUGGCGAGGGGUAGCACCGAGCUGACUGGACUUCCAGUCGACCCCCGGGAAGGCGCCGAAGGAACCGAAGAGGCAAGCGGCCCAAAGAGGAGGAGGAAGGGGAAGAGGAGGAGGAAGAGGAAGAGGAAGAAGAGGGAGGAGGAAGAAGAGGAAGAGGAACGGGAAGAAGAGGGAGGAGGAAGAAGAGGAAGAGGAGGAAGAUGAAGAAGAGGAGGGGGGAGGAAGAGGAGGAAAGCAGGGCCGCCCAAGCAUUUUGACCCCCCCCCGCGGGGGGGAGAAGGGGGGCAAAAGUAUCGGGGGUCCCUUUUCUCCGCUUGGGGAAUCUGGCCGGAUUGCGUCGUCUCUCUGUCUCUUUUCGCUUUUGCAGGGGUCCCUUUGGCGGGCGAUCCUGAGGCCGUUAAGCCUUCCUUGCAGGCGAAGACCAACCCGAAAGGCCAGCCGGGUCUGGGACGGGGACACCCCCACCCGCCCUGGCAAGCCCAGAGGGGGCUGCUGCUCGCUCUCGCCUGAGGAGCCAGAGCUCCGGUUCUGCCGGGUCCCCUUCCUUCCUUCCACCUGCGAGACGGGUAGCGAGACGGGGCCUGCCUUGCGGAAACAUCUGGUCCCAAUUGGGAGCCGCCGCCCCGGAAUACAGCACCAAGUUGUAACAUUCAAUCUGAAAGAUGUAUUUGGGAAAAUGUAGAACAUACAUUUUUAACAUACAAAAAUGUUUAUUUCUGUGGUCGGUUACUAUCCACUGAUUGCUUAGAAUAAUUAAAUUAGUCUCAUCACAGUAAAAGUUGAAGAAUUACAGGAUGCCUUUUCACUUAUGUUCUUGAACUGUUCUUUUGUAGGAUCACUUUGGUUUUUGUUGAGUUAGAUAUUUAUAAAUUAAAAACUGGGGGGGGGUUGUUUCUAAAAGUGGUCUUCAAUAAAGUGUUUGGAGAAAAAAAAAACAGAACUUACGUCAAAAGUGACACUGGGUUUCCAAUUGAGUUUCUGCUUUGCUUUGGUACAAUCGCCUUGUAGAAAAUCCUAUGGAAAA